UCUGGAAGAGUUUGCAAUCAAAAACAUCGACAGUCCGCGGCCACCCCUCUUGCUGCAGUUCCUAUCCCUCCUCAUCAAUGAUGCGACCUUCCUCCUGGAUGAGGCAAUUGGUCUUCUGGCCCAAAUUAAGCAGAAGGAGCGUGAACGGGAGGCCGCCGGUGGUCGAUUUCCGCGUCGGGAAGACGAGGGCCUGUUUCUGCACACUGGCCAAUUAGCCAGGUUCCACAUCACUCUUGGCCUUGAAACCAUCUUUGCGCUACGUCGUGUUGUUUCCCUGUGUCCCCAUCUUGUGACACAUCCCGUGCUCGUCGAUCGCAUCGCCUGUAUGCUCAACUAUUUCCUUCUAAGCCUGGUACGCGUUGGACCCAAACAAGGCGACCUAAAGGUUCGUGACAAAUCAACCUAUGGCUUCCGGCCGGAUGUUUUGGUCCUGGAAAUCUGCAAGAUUUAUAUUGCCCUGGGGCUUGAUACGGGUACGGACCAGCAAGAGACUGCUGCGGCCUUUCGACGAGCAGUUGUUAAUGACGGGCGCUCCUAUACCACCGACCUUCUAGAUCAGGCUCUGGUCGUCCUUAACAGAGUUUCCAAUUCUUCUGAUUUACCGAAAAACUUUGAACUUGUGGCUAACGCUCUGAGAGCUGAAAAGGUAGCCGCAAUGGAUGAUGAAGCGGAUGUAGACGAUGCACCGGAUGAGUUCUGUGAUCCGAUCAUGGGCAGCAUCAUGCAGGAUCCUGUCCGUUUACCGACAUCGAACAAAGUUGUCGAUCGAAAGACCAUUUACCGUCAUCUCCUCAGGUAG